CAGGAUCAAAAUGGCAUUUACUCUGGGUCCGGAGGCGAACAGGCCUGAGCUGAUGGAAGAGAUUAAGUUGUACCGGAACCCAAGAGAACGGGAAAAGUUUGAUAAUCUCGCCGAACUGUUUGCAGUUAUCAACACGUUACAGUGUUUAGAGAAAGCAUACAUCAAGGAUAGUGUUCAGGCCAAAGAGUAUACUGGUAACUGUUCAAAACUUCUAGUUCAAUUCAAAGCUGCGUUUAAGCAGGUUAGAAAGAAUACGAGAAGAUCGACCGAUCACGAUCAAGGACGACAAAGGGAACACAAGCAAACUGAUCGCAGAGAUCGUCGCCCUCUUCAUCACCGCCAUGGACAAACUCAAGCUAGAGAUGAGAUCGAUGGACGAUCUUCACGGAGAACUCAAGGAUCUAUCGGAUAAUUUGAGCCGGCUGAGUUUAAUCCCAGCACAUUGGACUGGAAAGGAUAAAAUAAAUUCUUGGUUACAAACCCUCUCCAGUAUGCAGGCAAGUGAGGAGCUAGAUGAGAACCAGGCUAGACAGCUCAGUUUUGAUCUGGAGUCUGCGUACAACGAGUUCAACAAAAUUCUUCACUCCAGCUGAUUCUUCUUAUCCUUGAUCCUAGUCCUGAUCAAU